AUACGUUACGCUGAGACACUUGAGCCUGCAAGUUGAAGACGACAAACAAUGGAGUAUAAGCGAUCUUGAAGCUCAAGUCUGGCUGUUAACAUCGAACCGUCCAUAAUUCAGCCUUCAGAUUUCAAAAAAAUACAAGUUCCGAGUACUGUUUUCUGGGAACUUAACGAAGGAGAAAGGGACAAUAUGCUUUUUCCAUCUCUUCUUGAUGGAUUGGCAAAGACUGUAUCGAUCAAAAGAGGUAAAAAUUGUAGAAAUGAUAGUGGGAGAGAAGCUGCAGCAGCCUUGGCAAAAGAUGCAAAGAAGAAGGAGUUGAUGUUGAGUUCGUCUGGCAACACAAAGUCCAACAAGUCAAACAACUUUGCCUCAGUUUGCUCCAAGAGAGGCCAAAAAGGAAUUAAUCAAGACUCAGCAGUCGUGUGGGAGGAGUUUGGAUGCCAAGAGGACAUGAUCUUUUGCGGGAUGUUCGAUGGACAUGGUCCAUGGGGACAUGUUAUAGCCAAACGGGUGAGGGAAUCAGUGCCGCCUUCUUUGUUGUGCAAUUGGCAACAAACUCUAAGUAAUUCAACAUCUGCUCAAUUGAGUAUGGAUCGAAACCUCCACCAGUUUGAUAUUUGGAAACAAACUUACCUCAAGACUUACGCUGCCAUUGACGAGGAGCUGAAGGGUCAUUCCGGGAUUGAUUGUUUUCGCAGCGGUAGUACAGCUUUAACAAUUGUUAAGCAGGGUGAAAACCUUUUGGUAGCAAAUGUAGGUGAUUCUCGAGCAGUGUUAGCAACCCUUUCUGAUGAUGGCAAUUUGGUACCAAUUCAGCUGACCAUUGACUUCAAACCAAAUUUACCUGAGGAAGCUGAACGAAUAAUCCAGUCCAAAGGACUAGUGUUUUGUUUACAUGAUGAACCUGGAGUGUACAGGGUGUGGACGCCGAAUGGAGAGACACCUGGACUAGCAGUUUCAAGAGCCUUUGGUGACUACUGCAUCAAAGAUUUCGGCUUAAUUUCUGUGCCUCAUGUAACACAAAGAGACAUAACUAGUAAAGACCAAUUUGUCAUUCUGGCAACAGAUGGGUUAUGGGAUGUCAUCUCAAACCAAGAAGCUGUGGAAAUAGUUUCUUCAACUAGGGAAAGAGAAAAAUCGGCUAAAAGACUGGUGGAAUGUGCAGCUAGUGCAUGGAAAUAUAAGAAACGAGGCAUUGCAAUGGAUGAUAUCUCUGCUAUUUGUCUCUUCUUUCACCCUUCUUCAUCAACUCCUAAUGUUGGCGCUUUGAAGCUCUCAAAACAAGCAGUUGGUCUCAUGAAUUAAAUAACAAAAGCAAAGGAAAUGAGAUAUGAGUUUGUAUAUAGAGAGAAGAAAGAACUUUGCUAUGUGUGAAAUGAGUAGAAUAAUAUUGAACACCCCCCACCCUCUCUUUUUUUGUUUGUUUGUUUUUGGUUUAAGUAUAUUGAACCUAUUUUCAUUAUUAAUGAAAUUAUUACUAAACAUAUUUGAACAAAGAA